GUGGGGAAAUUGAGUUCUAGGCAGCUGCACAUAGGAGAAGGACUUUGGAUAUUUCUAAACAUACCAACCACCUGAAACCAGUGUGUUUGUUCUUUCCAGGGAAAGACAAGUUGCCUACAACAAGCCAGGGGGAAGAGAGGCGAGAGAGGCAGCCACUGGCAGAACAAACAUGAAUUCAAUGACUUCAACAGACUCUAAGGCCAAUACUGUGUUUGUGGCAGCACCCCACAAUGGACAUCCUGUGAUCCCUGGAAACAUGUCUCAGGUGCCCCAAUAUCCACUUAACCAGCCCCAAGUCUACAUAAUUUCUGGGAACCCACCUGGUUUGGAGCCGCCUGUAUAUACGCAAUUUGACCAGAGAUCCUUUAAAGCGGGAAAAGUAUUAGGGGCCAUGCAGAUACUGAUCGGACUGAUACACAUUGUCCUGGGCAGCAUUCUGGGGACCAUCAUCAGUUUGUCAUUCUUAGGAUGCUAUCCCUUCUUGGGAGGUAUCUUGUUCAUCAUUGCAGGAUCCCUCUCAGAGGCAUCAUACAGGAAACCGAGAUCUUCUAGCCUGGUCCCUGGAAUAAUUACUACUGCCCUGCUGAUCAUCUUUAGCUUCCUGGAGUUCUCCAUUGCCGGCAUGGCUAUCCACUUUGGCUCCCAACUCCGCCAGGCACAGAAGAGAGGAUCCUUCCAAACAGUCUACGCCAAUCCAGGGCUGGUGAACUCGCCACCAUAUCAUGUCAAUGUGGCCCAGGCCUCCGGAUAA